AUGGAGCUAUUGAUCAUCCUCAACAAGCUGAACAAGCUGUGGGAUAUAUGGGAUAUCCCAACCUGCAUUCUUUUGAGCCUCUUCUUACAGGUUUUCUUAGUACUCUUUGGCUCCUUCAGGCAACAUAGUAAAAAUUCAUUUCUUCUCUUCCUCAUCUGGUCGGCUUAUUUGUCCGCAGACUGGAUAGCUGCAUUUACUGUCGGACUAAUCACCAAAGUCCUGACUGACCCUUCUCACCCUCAUGUCAAUGAAGGUCUUUAUGCCUUCUGGGCUUCCUUUCUUUUGUUGCAUCUUGGUGGCCCUGAUACCAUUACUUCAUUUGCUCUUGAAGACAACGAGUUUUGGCUGAGGCAUUUGUUCGGGCUCAUUCUACAGGUUGUUGGUGCUGCUUACUGCAUUUUUCUAACACUUCCCAACAACAAUCUAUUGCUUCCAACAAUUCUAGUAUUUGUUGUUGGAAGUGUUAAAUAUGCAGAGAGGACAAUGGCUCUGUAUCUUGCCAGCUUGGACCAUUUUGAAGAUACUGUUCUUGGUUUGGAAGAUCCAAAUGCUAAGCCUGAGCGUGAUGGUACCGAGUUUGAUUUCAAUCUACCCUCAGAAUCAUCAAAUCAUAUUGAGCUGCUGAUGGUUUCUUAUUCCCUUUUCAAAAGCUUCGAGGGGAUUAUUUUCGGGUACCGUCCGAGCUUCAAACUGGUAGAAUCAAGCAAAAAGUUGUUUGGCCAGAUAAAAAAUCCAAAUGUGGGUUUUAAAUUGAUGGAGUACGAGCUGAGCUUCAUGUACGAGGUUUUCCACACCAAGGCUGCUGCAGUACGCAGUAGAAUUGGGGUAAUAUUUCGUUUGAUUAGCUUCUGUUUCAUCCUUGGAGCUUUUAUAUUGUUCCAUUUUGUAGUAGUUAAGGAUUAUCAUGAUGAGUUUGUUGAUUUUGAAAUGUCACUUACUUAUGCCUUGCUAAUCGGAGCCACAGCACUGGAUACCAUAUCUGCAGUUAAGCUCAUAUUAUUUUUUGAUUGGAUCUUGGUUUCCAGUAAUGGAUUAAUCAAAAGGUGGAGAAAAUUUGUCCCAGAAUAUGUUUUGAAAAGGAGAAGAUGGUGCGAGUCGGUUUUCCAGUAUAAUAUGAUAGAUCAUUGCCUUGGAGAACGUUGGUUAUGGAAAUACAGCUUGCCUGACUAUGUUAGGAUCAUAGUUGACAAGAUCAAAAUCAUGUUGUUUUCAUCCUCAACGGAUAACAUUGAGGAUCUCAAGCGCUUCAUCUUUGAAAAUGGGGAAAACCUUAGAAAGCCAAGAUAUCAGGCUGUUAAGUCUCCUGAUGACUGGAUGGGGUUUGCUGAACUGCAUGAUGAGCUUAGAUACACAGAACAGGUUCUUCAGUUGCACUUAGUUACCGAAAUUUGUUACCAUCAGACACAGACCGAAUCAAGCAAAUAUACAGAAGAAGGAGAAAGAAGCAGAAGAAUUUGCAAGGUGAUUUCAGAUUAUAUGUUUUAUCUUCUCAUUAUGAAACCUGAAAUUCUAGGUCCAUCAGGUAUGGGAAUCAACUGGAAAAAAACCUUCCAGAAAACAUUUGAAGAGGCCAGGGGAUAUUUGAAGAAACACCAAAUAUCAGAUCGUAUAGAAGCUUGCAAGGAGCUCAUUCAUUACAAUGUGAAGGAAGGGGAUAUGUUCGAAAAUGUGCUCUCCAAAGCAUGUUUAAGUGCACAAAAAUUGAAGCUGGAAAAGCAUUGGAAGUCUUUGAGUUAUGAGUGGUUACAAGGGUUAUGCUUUGGAGCCCUCAGAAAUAGACAGAUAUUACAUGCAGAGCAGGCAGGCAAGGGUGGUGAACUUUUAACUUUCAUUUGGUUUCUUCUCCAUCAUUUAGGCGGAUCACUGAAUAUUAAUAUUUAUAACCCUGCUACUUUGUAA